GACUCUUACUACAAUCUUCACAGUCAUCUUAGCCUGGCAUUAAUCACAAUGUUUAUAAAGUACGCGCAGUAACGGCCAGUGCACUUGUGGCUUACACGUUGUAUCGUCAAGAGAAACAUUGUUGAAUAGAAACCGCUUUUCAUUUGCGCUUCGUAAAACACACAGUUGGUACACAGUUCAUUUUUAUGAUGCUGCGAAUCACGAGUGUCAUCGUUUUUUGCGUUUUAUUAAGCGAGGCGCAUAAGUUCAGCGAUGCGCAAGUGAAUCUCAAUAAAUAUUGGAAGGAAUUUCAAGAAUUUCUUAAAUGGAAGAGAACAAAGCAACUGAACGAAUAUAGUGUUGACUUUCUGACGCAUGCGAUCGGAUUCGAUGAUCGAGAAUCUCAAAGGACUAAUAACAGAGCCAUACAAGAUCUACCACCGAAAGAUCAAAUAGCUUUAGUGGCGAGAUACGUCGUUAAUCAAGCUGAUUGGGCAGCCGUAGCGACAAUAAGCACGCGAAAGGAUAUUGAAACGUUUCCCGUUGCGAAUUUAAUCUCUAUCGGCGAUGGACCUAUUGGAAAUGGCACUGGAGAGCCGUAUAUGUAUCUCACUCCUCUUGACUACACCGCUCAAGAUCUUGCCAAGGAUCACCGCGCAACUAUCCUAGUAUCAUUAGCACAAGGAAACUAUUGCAAAGAUAAACAAUGGGAUCCAAUGGACCCGCGAUGUGCUAGAGUUCUAUUAAGUGGAAAAAUUGUAGCAGUGAAAAACGAUACUACAGAACAUGAGACAGCAAAACAAUUAUUUUUCGGUCGUCAUCCGAAAUUGCAAAAUAUGCCCGCAGAUCAUGGAUUCUUUUUUGCCAAAUUAAAAAUAUUUGCGAUCGCUUUGUUGAACAACUUUGGUGGACCAAAAUAUAUUUCCGUAGAAGAUUAUUUUAAUCCGCCGUUGACUAAUCGCGGAUAAAUUACAUGAACGCUUACGGAAUCAGCGUGUCUAAUACACAAAUUCUGCCAUAUUAAUACAUUUUUUGAAUUUCAAUAAUUGUGUGAGGUAUUGCGCUUUCACAGGAAGAGAUUUUAUAAAAAAAUUAAAAAUGAGCACGCACGCACACACACACACACACACACACACACACACACACACACACACACACACACAAAAUCAUAUAUAUAUAUAUAAUUAUUAUGAAAAGCGCUGAUGCUUAUUAUUAAUAAUUGAUAUAAAUCGAUUGUACGUGCAAAUUAAUAAAUUCUUUGAUUAUCACA